AUGUUAUUUGAAUUAUAUUUGAAAUCUGCUGAAGAUGGAUGUCCUAUAGCACAAUACAGAGUUGGUUUAUGUUGUAGAUACGGAAUAGGAACAUCGAAAUCUGAAGUUAAAGGAUUUCAAUGGGGUUCAAAAUCAGCCCUUGCUGGGAACAUCAGUGCAAUAUGUGAUACUGGUUAUUGUUAUUCUAGAGGUAUAGGUGUGGAUCUUGAUGUAAAUUUAUCAUUCGAAUGGUAUCUGAAAGCUGCCGAAAGUGGGUAUUCUACAGCAGAAUAUUAUUUAGGAUUGCUUUAUGAUAAUGGUUACAGAUCUG